GCGAUUGCGCAGAAGCAGAACUGAUUUGCAAGAGCUCUGGGCUGUCAGGGAUUGCCAGGAAGACUGUGCGGCACUGGGGAUCCGAAGGGUGCUGUGUGGGAAGCAUUCGGAAUCUUCAGUGCGCAAUGCUAAACAUGGAUAGUGUCUUUCUCACAGAUUCUAAAGCAAACUCUGUUUUAAAAAGAUAUCCACGAGCAAAUGUAAUUUUGGAAGAACUUAAGCAAGGAAACAUUGAACGUGAAUGCAUGGAAGAACGCUGUAACUAUGAAGAGGCAAGGGAAGCUUUUGAAAAUGAUGAGAAAACGAGGGAGUUUUGGAAAAGUUAUACAAGAGGAAUCCACGGGGAAGUUAACACUGGACAUAACUGGUAUCCAUUUUACCUUGUUUUUCCAUUAAUCAUUGGCCUUCUCGUUAUUCUCAUCAUCAUCUUUGUCACAUGGAGAUGCCUCCUCAGAAAGAAAAUGCGAAGACGAUCCUUGUAUGCACAUAGCAAUACCAGGGAAACCACAAGUGACAGAAUUGUUACCGAUGGGAGAAGCUCUCUUCCUCUGCCACUCAGCAUUCUUCAUUCUCCUCAAGAAGACAUGUUUGAAGGCAAUGGACAUUCUCCAGGAUAUUUGAGCUACACAGAUGGACGUUCAGAUUCUGUGUCAACAAGGUUGUCAAAUUGUGAUCCACCUCCAUCCUAUGAAGAAGUUGCUGGUGAAAGUGGAAUGAGGAGAAAUGAAACUGCAAAUCACAUGGAUCCACCUCCACACCAUUUCCAACCCUGGGAAAAUUGAUCCCUCUGUCACAGAACCCAUGAGAAUACCAGUCAACAGAAUCAACAUGACAGAGGGAAGUAGGGAAGGUUCGUACCAUCCGUCACUUCCACUGAUGGAAUGCCCUCACUUCAUUCUUCGCUGACGAUUCUAAUCUGUUCAUGCUUGUUAGAGUUCACAAGUCAUGUGAAUCAAUUACUUGCUAUGCAAUACUGUCCAAUACUAUUGGCGUUACCUUUCAAUUCUGUUUGUUUUUAACCCCAUCUGCUUGUUUUUCACAGCAAAACUAUCUAAGGUAGUGAUGGUAUAAUUUACUUUUCUGCUUUAGUUGGAAAAGCUUAAGGCCAGUGCAACUGGUUAUUUUAGUAAGUCUCUUGUCAGGGAGAUAAUGUAAUGUACUACACACAUAUUCCAUGUCACAUGAUUUGCAAGUCAGUAACAAGCAGGUAGUGAAAUAGGUGGAAAUAUGUAUGCAGUUAGAUUUAUCAUCCAUUUUGGCAACAAGUAUAAUGUGUUCUCCAGCAAGGCAAUCAAGCAGAUUUAAGCUAAAUUUAACUAAAUGUAAUUGUUAUACUUGGAUGGAACUUGAUGGAGCUUUUCUUAAACCUUCCAAUGUCAAAGGGCUAAUUUAAUAUCUCAUCUGUUAAAGAUAAAUGCAACAGAAGAAUGCAUAAGGUAUCUUUCAGGCCACUUAAUUUUUUUAACUUUGCACAUGGGCAAUGUGACUUUUCUAUAUGUUGAUGUUUUUAAUGAACAACUAGUAUCGGUCAGUCCUCUGCCAAAGUGCCUCCUAUCUGACUUGGAAUGGGGCAGUGAGGAAUCCAUUAUUCAGCAGUCCCAUGUUUUUAAGUAACAUUCAGAUAAACUUUGGUGGCUCUUUCUUAAACAGAAUCGCACACCGCUGUUAGCCAGUGCUGACUACGCUGAUUUGAAGCGGUGACUGAAGUUUUACACUGAUAUCCCUUCACUGUGUGCAUCACCUGUUUCAGGCCAUGGUUAAUUAAUCCGUUCUGCCCUAGGAAUUUUAUGUUGGAGAUGAAAGAGUGCAUAACUUUUGACUACUAUGUGUUUACAUUGAUCAUUUUCUGCACCUUUCUGAGCCCAGGGUUCUUAUCAGAUAGCACACACCAACAUGACUCUUUAAACAAACUACUCUGAGCUUCUCAUUUUUACAGAAUAUCUUAGGUUUUUCCCCAUCUCUUGUGUAAAUUCAUUUUUCAGUUACAAUUACUCAAAUUUUAUGAGCUAUUAAAACUGAGUUUUGAUAACUUUAUUUUUAUGCUUCACUAUUCUGGUUUGACUGACAAUAAUCCAACUCACAAUGAAUGAUUAAAUACAGAACAUUUUUUUCCAAAAUGUACUGAACUAUUUUGACUGGAAUUGUUUCCCUACAUCAAAUAAUAUACAGAUAUACAUAUACACAGCCUGGACACAUAAUUGUGUUGGCCUAAGUUAAAAAUAAAUGGUGAAGUUAAAAGUUAAACAUAAGAAAGUAAAAAAAUGAAAGAUUCUCUGCUUAGAAUAUCACAAUGCCAUAAUCUGGUGAAGUUCUAAACACUUGUUUCUUUCUCAAGACCAGUAAGAAGAAGAAGAGUUGGAUGUAUAUCCCCCCCCUUUCUCUCCUAUAGGAGACUCAAAGGGACUUACAAACGCCUUUCCCUUCCCCCCUCACAACAAACACCCUGUGAGGUUGG